AAUAGCAGAAAAAUCGAAGCGUGUGAAAAUCACGUGAAAAGUUCCGUUGACGUUUUUGUUGAUGAGAGUAUAGUAUAAACAAGUUUGAGAUUGUAUGAUAUUAUAAAGAAGUUGGAACGAUAGCUAGCUGAAUAUCUGAAAUAAAUUUUUAAAUUGACGUAAUAUAAAUAUGAGGCUGUGGAUUGCAGCAUUGAUGGUUGUCGUAACGACAAACAGCGCUCUAAGUUGGGAUGAAAUAGAGACUUCGAUUCAAGCGGAUAGAGAACAUGACAUUGUCAAACGCCAGGCUGUAGUUGAGUGUCUUGAUCUUAAAGGAUAUUGCAAACAAUGGGCAAAAAGAGGUCAUUGUGCUAGGCCAAAAUAUCGUGCAUACAUGAGAAAGAAUUGCAAAGUUAGCUGCGGAUUGUGUAAAGAAACAAAAGUUAUUGUAACUACCACGGCACCAGAAGAAUGUGUUGACAAUCACAGGUCGUGUGCAAAAUGGAAGGAGCAAAAAUAUUGUGAAAACGCCAAGUACAGAACUUUUAUGAAGCAGAAAUGCAGAAAAACAUGUCAAUUUUGCCAAGACACAUCGGUAAGUACAACAAAAAUGUCAAAAGCAUCAACGAUAAUUCCAACCACGACAGAAGACACAACUCUUGUAUCAACGACCACUGAAGGUACAACUAUGCCUGCGUCAACCACUGAACUCCCGACCGCUCAAUCGACAACUGUUGAACCAACCACAGAACAAAGUGAAACGUCAACUACAAAGACAACUACGCCAAAACCAACUACAACCGAAUCUUUAUUAGAAGAAACAACGCUUCACACUACAGAUAAAACUGGCACGACAGAAUAUGUCCAGACUACUCUGCUAGAUAUUACAGCAGACCCCACAACAGAAGCAUAUGAAACCACUCCAAGAGAUGCAACAACAGAAAGCGAGCGAACCUCCACACGCACGACUGUCGUAGAGCUAGAAGAAACUACGCUAUUCGAAAAAACUACCGUCGUUGACCAAACUACUUAUGAACAACAAACGACCGGAGUCGUCACAACUGGCGCAGAACUUACCACAAAUUUUACUUUGCCAUUACUUAGCACCUCAGCAAUGCCAACAACGACGGAAGCCACUCCAGAAAUUACCCCCAUUUGGCAAGAGGAAUGUGAAGAUAACCUUCCUCAGUGUGGUGCAGUCGCUUCAUAUUGUGGGAUUUUGGAUGUUAGGAUACAAUGUCGCAAGACUUGUGGAUUUUGUCAAACAAGCACUGCUGCUGCAUUUGUGACUCAACCUCAAACAACUACUUCUGAGAAACAGACAACCACAGAGAUGACAACUGAGUUUAUCUCUACCACUACCACUGAUGCAACAACGGAAACCUCAACAAAUGUGAAAUCCGAAUAUACAACGCCAGAACCAAAAGAAACCACACCUGUGAUCACUGCCACUCAAACUGUGUGUACGGACUCGAUGCCAAGAUGCGCUGCAUUUGUUAAUUAUUGUAAAGCAUCAGAAUAUGUCAGAGAAGUUUGUCCUCUUACUUGCGACAAUUGUCAAGGUCGGAUAAAAGUAACUGAAACAACCGAGGCGACUUCAUUGACUUCCGCUGUUUCGACAACCCAAAAACCGGUGGAUUUCACAACAGUGAACCAAACAACUCAAACUGCAGUCGUGACUGAUAACAACAUGACCACCUCCAUCGAAGACUUAGCGGAAGUAACAAAAGGCAAAUUGAAGAGCACCGAUAACAUUGGUGACUUUUCUUCGACCGUAACCAGCUCAACUGAAAUUAUACCUGAAAGCAAAAUCACGGUAAAUAGCACGACCAUCGCCACGACUGGCAAUGCAAUCAAUACAUCUACUCUUCCAGAAGAAGAAUAUGUGUCCACAGAAAUAAACCUUGGAAGCACUGAGGUCACAUUUUUAUUAUCCACUCAGGGUUCGACAGAUUCUAAUUCGAAAACCACUGGUGCUGCAGUACCUGAAAUCACAACAUCAAUGCUUGUUACUGUAACAAGUUCAGAAACUCAGCAACCCACAAAACGCCCAUCAAUAUCAUCUACACUUGAUGUCAACAUUGAAAACGAUACAGAAGCGCUCACUACAAUGCAGGCUCCAACAACUAUUACCAUUUCAACAACCGCUUUUGUUAAAAACUCAACCAUAGCAUCCACGACUUCAGCUGGUACAGAAGAGUGCGCUGACAAAUUUGAAGUGUGUUCAUCAUACUCGAAAGUGUUAUGUGCAACAGCUGCUUUCGAACGGAAUUGUCUGAGAUACUGCGGUGUGUGUGAUUCCCUCGAAGAAGUUCUCACCACAGCAAUACCAUCGUAUUCAAAUUUGAGCACAAUUAGCCCAGGAAGCUGUGAAGAUUCGGGUUCGAAAUGCUCAGAGUAUAAGAAAUAUUGUACAAUGUCCGAAGAUGUCCGAAAACAUUGUAUGAAAACAUGCAACAGCUGUGAUGAAUUUGACAAAGCCAUCACUUCACCAGUACCAUCUUGUACCGAUUACUCUACUGAGUGUUCAAAAAUGAAAUCGUAUUGCAUUGGAUCCACGGUUUCUGAGGACGUUCGAGCGCAAUGUCCAAAAACUUGUAGUCUCUGCGACGAAGAAGCGACAACUUCUCAAGAUCAAUCUGACGUAACAAUAACCACUGCUGUACCGAGUGUCAAAGAAACAACAACUAAAAUAGAUGUAACUACUAAACCUGAUUGCCGAGAUCACUUUGGGCAAUGCGACAAAUUGAUAUCUUUCUGCGGCACGAGGGAACAAGUAAAAUCUUCCUGUCCGCUUACGUGUGGAAUAUGUACGCCAACCACAUCCACAAACCCAGUUACAUCAACGGCGGAAAUAACACACCUGGCAACUUCUAUGCCUAUAACUGCCGUAACCUUCCGUCCAACAACAACCUCACCCCAGAUAACGACCCCAGAGCCAGAAAUUGAGAAGUGUGAAGACAAAUUUGCCCGUUGUGGCGAUAUAUACAGCAAAUGCAACGAACCUGAUUCUAUAGAAUAUCUUCGCGUUUCGUGCCGUAAAACAUGUGGAUUUUGUAAAGUGAAUGCUUCCGAAAUAGAACAUUACCGCAAAGAAUGGGGCGCUUGGGGUCCAUGUUCCACAACUUGUGGCCAAGGAACACAAACACGAAGACAAGCAUGCGUCGAUUCUAAUGUUAUAUGCCCGCGUGAUAUGCCUACAGAACAACGCGGGUGUCAACUGAGAGAAUGUAUUGAAUGUGAAAACAGAUUAGCAGAUGCAUCAUGCGAAAAGUAUAAGCGAAGAGGUGCUUGUGGAAUGCCAGCAAUCACUGGACUUUGUAUAAAAACAUGUGACCAAUGUGAAGAUUCCUCAAUCACACUUCCAGUCCAGGAACCACAGCAAGGCAAUUAUAGCCCUUGGUCCAACUGGGGAGUGUGCAGUGCGGAAUGCGGGCAAGGAAUUGUAAAUCGCAGUCGUACUUGCCAACCACCAACACGAGAUGUGAGCUCUAUAUUUUGCAAUGGACAUCCAGUUGAGGAAAUGCCUUGUAUCGCCAAAUCUUGUAUUUCCGGAAAUACUACCUCAGGAGUAUGCGAAGACAAACAUGAGCGUUGCGAAUCAUGGUCAAAGAAGGGGUAUUGUGAACAAAAAUAUACCAAGUACAUGCGCAAGCACUGCGCUGUUUCUUGCAACAUCUGUGGAAGAUGGGGAAAUUGGAGUGAUUGGUCUCCCUGCAGUGUAUCGUGUGGUGGAGGAAUACAGCAACGGACACGUGUAUGUGAUACUCUAGGCUGCGUUGGUGACUACAACGAAAUGGCAUCUUGCAAUCCACAAUCGUGUGAAGUAAAUAUAUGUGAAGACAUGACUAGCUCUUGCCUCAGAAUCGACGCUACGACAAAAUGCAAAGAAGCAUUUUACUCAUCCGUAUGCGAACGCACCUGUGGAUUGUGCCCCGCCUCCGGCCCAGGAAGAAGUGCAUGUUUCGACAGGCAUGAACAAUGCACUGACGCAGCCGCAGACGGUAAAUGUAAUGACGUACGAUUCAAGGAUCUUUGCCCAAGGUCAUGCAACGCUUGUCCAGGUGAUGCUAAUACUGGAUCUACUUUGCCGUGUACUGACAAGAUUGCUUCUUGUAAGCAAAUGGAGCAAACACUAAACUGCCGAGAUGCCUACAUUCAGCAGAACUGCAAAGCAACGUGUGGACUUUGUGAACAAACUCAAGCAAUUGCCACCUGCGAAGAUUUAGCAUCAACAUGCGCUGCAAUGGCAAAUACUGGACAGUGCCGAAAUCCUACUGUAGCCGAGUCUUGUCAAAAAUCAUGCGGGUUUUGUAGAAUAGCACAGUUUCCUAUAGGACUGUGUGUUGAUGACGCCACAGAAUGUCCGAAUUAUGCAGCCCAAGGACGCUGCAGAGAUGGAAGGGUUGCGACACAAUGCAAAAAAUCAUGUGGUCAAUGUACACCGUCAGCUGCAGGCAAUGAAGUCGAGGUAUGUGUCGAUCAAAGCACAGAAUGUCCCACAUACAAGAUAAUGGGAUAUUGCCAAAAUCCAGCAGUUCAACAACAAUGCCGUCAAUCGUGCGAGAUGUGUGGAGGACAGUGUAUGGACAAACUGGCAAGCUGCAAUCAGCUUGCAGAUCUCGGAUACUGUGACAACCCAGAUGUGGCAAAAUCCUGUGGAAAGUCAUGUAACAUUUGUCAACAAAAUGCUGCUCUGAAUGCUCUAUGCAAAGACGAAUCAGAAUUAUGUCAAACUUACGCCGCUCUGAGGUACUGCGAACAAGAACAAAUCGCUUCAAGGUGCAGAAAAUCAUGCAAUACUUGUCCCAAAGUCACAUCCGACAUCUGCACCGAUAACACACCCAGUUGUAUAAUAUACAAAGCAACGAAUUUGUGUAACAAUACCGUCGUUUCAAAACUUUGUCCGCUGUCAUGCGGAACUUGUAAUUGCAAAGAUUCGAUGUCACAGUGCCCAAUGCUUGUGUCUACUCUGAAGUGCACGACAAGUUUUGUUGCUCAACAAUGCAAGCUCUCAUGCGGAACAUGCCCUGGAAUGAUAAAAGCCGAUACCUGCAAGGACAAGAUAAGAGACUGCUCUUUGAUUAAAAAUUUGGGGCAAUGCCAAAUGCCACAAUGGAGCUCAAUGUGCGAAAAAACUUGUGAAUUAUGUGGCGUAAAACAAAAAUGUGAAGAUUCGUUGAGCGGAUGUUCAGCAGCUGCAACCAUGGGGCUUUGCAAUACCGGUAACAUUAACAUGGUUUGUAGGAAAUCUUGUCGAAUUUGUACCCCGGUAAUAGAACCUUUGUUCGACGAAGAAGACGGAGAAUCAGAAGAAGAAGAGUGGGAUUUGGAUGAAGUAACACCAGUGGAAACUUUGAUGUGUGAGGAUGAAAAUCAAAACUGUGAAUCAUUACGUGAUCAAGGUUUGUGCUCACAGAAGAAUAUCCGUGAUACUUGCAAUAUGACUUGUCGAGUGUGCGUACCGGUCAACCCAGGAAAACUGAAAGUUGAUGAUGAAGUGUGCAUUGAUGGUACCGAGGAAUGCAAACUUCUAACGCAAGGAGACAGUUGUUCGACAGACGAGAGAAUUCGAUUUCUGUGUGCGAAGUCAUGCGAUACUUGUGUUUCAGUUGUAGGAGAGAAGACAUCCAAAUCUUCCGACUGUAGAGAUACUAUUGACUGUUCUGACAAAUCAGACAAAUGCGACGUGCCAGAGAUCAAGAAAACCUGUAAAAAGACUUGCGGUGUUUGUGACACCGAAGGUGCAAAUCCCAAUCCCGGCGAAUACGUUAUCCCAACGCAAUACGGCCAGUGCAGGGAUCUAAUGAAGGGUUGCUCAGAGACUAAAUGCAAAAUGAUUGGAUACGAAGUUUACAUCAAGAAAAUGUGCGCAAACACUUGCGGAUUCUGUAAUGUAAUUCCAGUUGUUCCAGAUGAAUACGGCGUAUGGGGUAACUGGGGCAGUUGCACUGUGUCCUGCGGCAGAGGCACCCGUAAACGAAAUCGUGUUUGCAAAGAAGGUCAAAUUUGCCGAGGAGACGGUCCUGCAGAUUAUGGAAUUUGUGGAAAAGAAGAUUGCGAGGGAACGGAAACAUCAGGAAGACGCGUGUGUAAAGAUUACCGUGAAAAGUGUGCAGAAUGGGCUUUAGUGAGCAGAUGCAAAGAUAUAAGAUAUAAAUUUCAGAUGGCUGAGCAGUGCCGACUCUCGUGUGGACUGUGUGAACCAGAACAAUUGGGUGAAUGGUCGGAAUGCAGUGUCCCUUGCGGUGGUGGUACAAGAACGCGAACCAGAGGCAAUGCAGUGGACAUUGAAAAUUGUAACACGAACAUUUGUCAGUACGGUUGGGAUCAAUGGAGUCAAUGGUCUCAAUGUGACGUUACUUGCGGUAAUGGCGAGAGCAUGAGAACAAGAGAAUGUUUGGGAGAAAACGAGGAAGAAAUAUGCGACGGUCCCUUCGAAGAAGUUAUUACAUGCAACUCACCCAGUGUUUGUCCCGAUGUUGGCGAGUGGGGGCCGUGGGUGGAUGGCGCAUGUGAUACUACCUGUGGCGAGGGAAUUUUGAAGAGAGAGAGAAUAUGUCGCAAUGGAGUUCCAGGCAAAUGGGGAUGUCCAGGAAAAGCUAUCGUAACGGCGCUAUGCUCAAUGCCCGCUUGUCCAACAUCCUGGUCACUGUGGUCAUCGUGGAGUUCGUGCACAAAAACUUGUGGGUCCGGCUUGAAAUCAAGAGAAAGAAAAAGAAUUAUUUAUUGCAAAGAAAAUGUGGAUGGAUGCCCUGAUGAAGACGAGCAAUUUGAAAGAUGCAACGAGCAAGAAUGUAAUCCAGCAUCUUGGGGAUCGUGGCAGCCGUGGACCUCCUGCACUGCUACGUGUGGUGGUGGAAGCGCACUUCGUCAAAGAUUUUGCGAGAAAAAGGGUUUAAGAGUUCGGUAUACAAGAUGCAACGGAACUGCUCAGGACCGUUUUGAAUCUGGGGAGUGCCAUACACAACCAUGUCCUGCUUGGGGAUCGUGGACUGCCGCAUCAGAAUGCAGUGUAACUUGCGGCGUAGGCGUAAAAAAAUACUUGAGAGAAUGUUUGCACGGAAACGUGGGCGUCGAUGGAUGCAGCGAAGGCGAUGAUGUCAUGUAUGAAACCUGUAAAAACGAAGAUUGUAACGAAGAUUGUCAAGAAGCAUCUGUACCAAUUAGUUAUUUGAACGCCACCGCAUUUACGGAAUCAGCGAACGAUAACAUGAACGGAUGGGAUGGUAGAAAAUGGUGCUUACGUCCCGUUGCUGAAGAUCAAUGGAUUCAGGUGGAUUUCGGUAAAAACAUGGCAAUCAGUGGAGUUGAAAUGGAAGGGGUUGUUUAUGAAAAGUACAUGGUCGUGAAGUCAUCGAUAAUGACUUUCAACGUCAGCCACUCAACUGAGCCGUCGAAAUUUCAAAAUCACUACGUCAUCAGCAAACAGAACGCGACGGGACCGACAAAGUUUAGAACCAAAGUUACAAGAUCAUGGAAACCAGUCUAUGACAGGGUUUGGAGGAUAUCGACGAAACUGCCGACCGAUUUCACUUGUUUUUACAUCAAAUUUUAUUAUUGUACUUAUCAAGAGAAACUAACGAACGAGAAUAAUAAAGUGGAUGAAACUUUUGAAAACGGUUCAGGAGAAAUGUUUUAACUUUAUUACUUUUCGUCUUUUUUUCCGACAUUUUUUGUUAUUUUUUAUGUAACAUAUUAUCUAUAUUGUUAUAAUUAAUGAUAUUGUACGACAACGCCAAACAGCCGUUUAUUUUGCAAUCUAUAUUUCUGAUUUUUCCAUUUUCUCACCGUGUAAUUAUAAAACAUAUCGCUCUUCUUUGUAUAUAUCACAAGUCUUAAUCGUUUGAAGCAAUAAUUCUUUCAUUCAACAUUUUUCAACAUCAAGUACUUUUAAAUGAAAUUCCCGUCCGCGUUACAUUUUUCAAAGAAGAGUCUAUACACGAAUCAGAAUUGCUCAAAAUAUGUAAAUAAUAAAAUAUUUUUUAUUCUUGUACAGUUUUUUACCACUGUUUGUUACAAGAUAUUUUAUCUCUGUGUAUAUUUUUUAAUUAAUGCAAAAUACACAUUAAAUUUAAAAA